AUGACCAGUCACACUGUGUGCAACCACUUCGCAAGCAUCCUAGCAGAAUACGGCUUAUCAACCCCUAUCGUUGCUGACUUCGGAUCUCAAUACAUCAGUGAAAGGUUCCAAUCAAAAUGCAAAGAAAGCGGCAUCACAUUAUGUUGCAGUUCCCCAUACCAUCAUCAAGCCAACAGCCUGGCAGAAAGAGCAAUUGGAACCUGCAAGUCGCUAUUGUUGAAAGCACUAGAGGAGAAAGAAUGCCCGUACACAGCCCUAUGGACGUACCGAAUGACUCCUCUUGAUGACCAAACACCAUCACCCUACGAAUAUCUGUUUGGACGCAAACCCCAAACAACACUCCCAGACCGAAGAAGUGCGCUGAAGUCCAAACACCCAAAUAAUGAGCUCCACCGGGAAGCUAACCAGGGACGACAAGAAAAGCAGGUAAUAUUCUACAACAGAAAGGCCGGCAGUGACAAGCGACCCCUUACCAACCGGGAAUCAUUAUUUGUCUGGAACACCUUCAAGAAUAUCUGGCAGCCAGGAACCGUGCUGAAUAGGCCAAAACCAACAGAACGCCCUCGAACUUACGCAGUAGACAUCCAAGGAACAAUCUACCAGAGGACUAGGGAACAUCUAAGACCAAGGAAUCAGAGCGAAACACAUGUAACCCCACCAACCGGUAGCAACCUUCCACUUACAGUGGCCCCGGUACACAGCCCCAGGGAUACACGUGCGUCCAAUGCCAGAACAAACAGCCCCCCUUAG